AAUUACCAAAUCAAUUGAUUGAAACAUUAGGAGAUCAAUUAUUAAAUGAUAAAAAUCAGAUUUUAAUUCAAAUUCUAUACUAUGUUGUUCAUAAUGGGCAAUUAUUAGCUGAUAAAACAAUUAAAAUCUUAGUUAAAUUCUUAUGUAUAAAUGAGAUCUAUGCAAAAUAUGCAAUACAAAUAUUUAAAUUAUUAACAAGUCGUAAUGAAAUUCGACUCGAUAAUAGAAUAUAUGAAAAGUUUGAAAAUUUAUUAAAAAAUCAAAAUGAUUAUGAUAUACAAUUAAAUGUUAUUGAAACAUUAGCAUAUUCUCUACAAAAUAUACCAAUUCAUGAUGAAUUGCCCAAUAAUCGAAUUGUGAAAUUAAUCGAAGAUUAUUUUCAAAGUGAUACAACGAAGGAAAUUAAAUAUUUUACCUGUGUAGCAUUAAAUUCUCUUAUCGAACAUGGAAAAAAUCUAUCAAAUUUAUCAUUAGAUCUGUUAAAACUUUAUGCACAAGAUGAUGAUUCAACGUGUAGUAAGGUGAAUGUAAGAAAUGUAUCAAUUACUGCGCUGAAAACUUACAUCAAUAUGUGUAAAACAACACAUAGAAGUACUUUAAAUAUUAAUGAAAUCGAAACAAUACUUAAUCAGGAAAGACUUGGUGAAAUAAUUCUUGAAAAUUUAAAUUCAAACGUUUGUUGCCAAGCCGGAAAUGAAUUAUUAUCGAUCGUGGAUGAUGGUCAAAAAUCGUUAUCAACAUUCAAUAUGAAAGUUCUAGAAUCAUGUUUAACAUCCGAUGAUCCGUCAAUUGAAUUAAAACUCGUUAUUAUUAAAAUAUUCGAACGUGUUUCAGCCUUUUUACAACCAUUACAAAUUAACUCAAUUAUUAACUUAAUCAAUAAUCCAUCGUUAACUAAAGCUGUCAUAAAUGUGUUUCAAAGAUUGAUUCUGUUCAAAAAAAGUUUUCCAAUUGAAACAUUUCGUAUUUUAAUUAACUUUGCAUCUGAAUACACAGAUCAAAGUUUAAAAGAUAGCGUUAUUGAUGGUUUAGAAGCAAUAACUAGAUAUGCAACAAUCCCAUCCGAUGCAUUAACAUUAGUCCGAUUCGAAACGUUAUCGAAAAAAUUACGAAACCCGAAGUUGAAUAUUACGGGAAAAAAAGAAAUUGUCGAUCAAUGCAUCGAAUAUGUACUAGAUGGUUACAAAUUAUCCACAAAUACAAUGGAAUCAUUUGAAUACAUUUUAAAGAAUCCAUUAGAAAGUGUUGAUAUUGGUGAAACAAUAUUAUACAUCAUUGAAUUAGCAGUUCAAAAUGGUCAAAAAAUGUCAUCACAAUUAAUUGAUGCAUUGAGUUAUUCGAUAAAACAAGGUCAAUUAAAUAAAAAUCGUUUAAUUGGAAUAAUGAAAAUAAUUUCGAAUAGUAAUCAAGACUUAAUUACACAAGAAAUAUUUGCAAAUUCAGAACAAGAUUUACUCGAAAAUUUAACUGAUUCUUAUUCAAUUUUUAUUAAAGGAACGCAAAAUGGUUGUAAAUUGACAAAAAACACAAUCGAACAUUUGGCAACAAUUUUAGAAACUAAAGAUAAAACGAAUGUUAAUGAACGAUUAAAUAUGAUACAAAUAUUUAAAAAUUUAGCAGCAAAUACAGAAACAUUUGACGAAAAAACAAUUCGAUGCUUAGAAAAUAGAUUAAAUGAUAACGACGUAACAAUUCAAAAGUUAAUACUCAAUACGCUGAAAUAUUUACCGAAUUAUAAACCAUCGCCUGUACUUUUUCAAUAUUUGAAAAAUGUCUUAGAAGAACUUCCAACAAAAUUACACAUCGAAAUUAUUUUAGAGAAAUGCUUAACUUUACGAAUUCAAGAUGCGUUACAUAUCAUACACAUGUUGUUAAUUUCAGAAUAUGUACAUGAAGAUAUACAUGAUAAACCAGUUCAUUUAAUAUGUCGGGAUAUAUUAUGCUCAGAUUUAUUAUUUCGUAUUUAUGAACACGACAAAUACGACGAAGUAACUCAAUUUAAAUUUUAUUCAAAUUUAAAUGAAUUGGAAGACUAUUUUCGAUUUCCAUCACAUUGCUUAGAACGUGAUGAAAUAUUGAUAUUUUUAAUUGAAAAUCAUUCAAAUUUUACUCUAAAUGAUAUUAAUGAAAUUUUAUUAAUGAUUAAAACAAAUACGAGAGCAUUACAUUUGAUACGUGCUCGACCAGAUGAUUGGUUGAAACAAUUAAGAAUAAAUUGGUUAUUUACAAUUAUGGAUACAUACCAACAUAUUAAACUAAAUGAAAAUGUCAUUUUCACCGAUGAUGAUGCAGAAAAAAUCGUUGAUUUAUUAAUGAUCAAACUUAAUUUUGGUUUGUCUUUUAGCGAAAAUUUUCUUCUACGUCUAUCUAAUAUCAAUGAUGCCAAUGAAUUAAUCGAAUCUUUACAAUUUUUAUAUCAUAAAAAUAUUCAUAAAGAACUUGAUUUAUCUGAAUAUUUUACAAAAAAACAUGAAAAUACAGUCGAAGUUAAGGAUUUAUAUUUAUGGGCACUUGAUCUUGAAUGUGAUUUAAUAAAGAAAAAGUUUACAAAUUUAUGUAAAUCACGAAAUUUAAAUGAACCAAGUUUAUUCGAAAAUAUUCAAUCAAUUAUUAUAUUCGCAUAUUUAAAUAAAUGGUCAUUAGAAAUAUUUGAAAAAUUAUUUGAAAUGUUAAAUACUAAGCAGGAUGAACCAUUUUCGGUAAUUAUUGAUAAUUUUUUAAAUACAUUAACUAUUAUCAAUAAUUACGAAAUCAAAAGUACAAUUUUAAAUAAAUAUGGUAAUAAUGCUGAAUCAAUAUUUAAAUUAAAGAAGUCAAAUGAAUGGCCAUGCGCUAUGCACAAAUUUGCCGUAUCUGUAUCGUUCGAUCAAGAUGAACGGGAAAAGAGCUUAAGAGAUUUAAUUGAAGAAAUCAACAAGGGCAAUGAUAUAAAAGAUAAUCCGAAAUUAAAAGGUGUAAUUGAAAGUCUUGAACAGAAAUAUCGAAAUAUAAUGUUAGCGUAUAAUCGUGAUUCUAAAUUAUGUUCAAUUGGCAAACCGAUUAACCAUUGGGAUGAAAAUGAUGUCAAAAAGUGGUCGGCCUAUUACAAGACCAACGAUUCAAAUCGAAAUUCUGAAAAAUUAGCCGACGAAAUUAUAUGCGUUGUCAAGCGUGCCAUCUAUUUACAUAAUAAAAAGCAACAAUUUGAACCACGAACUAUCCAAAUAUUAUCCUUAUUAUUAAUGUUAGAUGCGUCAGAUAAUAAUCUAGCACGUUUGGCACAAAUAAAAACAGGUGAAGGUAAGAGUGUGAUAAUUGCAAUGUUUGCAGCCAUAAAAGCAUUAAAUGGUCAUAAGGUUGAUAUUGUAACAACAUCACCAUUACUUGCCAAACGUGAUGCUGAAAAUAAGCUACCAUUUUAUGAAAUGUUAAAUUUAACUGCUGGAGAAAAUAGUGGCACUUCAAAUGUAAAAUCAUGCUAUAAAAAUGAUAUUGUCUAUGGUCAUGUUAAUGAUUAUCAGUUUGAUGUAUUAAGAGAUGAAUAUAGUUUAUUAGGUACGCGUUGUAAACGUGAAUUUGAUAUUGCUAUUGUUGAUGAAGUUGAUAGUAUGCUUAUUGAUGAAAAUUCGAAAAUAUGUCGUUUAUCAGGUAAAGUUCCAGCUAUCGAUGAAUUAAAAAUUUUAUUGACAUUAAUUUGGCAAGAAUUAAAUCGUUUACACGAAAAGUUUGUUCGUAUUAAUGAUAAAUUAUAUUGUGUUACUGCACCUUUUAAAUUGAAUAGUGAUGGAAAAUUAAUAUUAUUGAAACCGAAACCAACCGAUCCGAAUGCGACGACUAUAGACAAUGGUAUUGAUGAUGAUUCGAUAGAAGCGGACAACGGUGCGAGUGUCAGUACUACAGAUAAUCAAAAUUUUAUUGAAAAUGAGAAUGCCGACAUUGAUAGUAAUGAUUUGAUAGAAGUUGAAAAUCCAUUUGAAUUUGCCGAAAGUCAUAUAAGAAAUUAUGUCGAAAAUCAUUUAUUAAAAGCAAAUGAGAACAACCAAUGUUUAUUAAAUAUACCAAAACAUUUAACAACAUUUGUAAAACAACAACUUAAUAAAUGGAUAUUAAAUGCAUGGCAAGCUAAAUUUAUGUAUCGCGAAAAUAUUGACUAUUUAAUUACAAAUGGUAAAGAUGGUAUUCAAUGUGUUGUACCAAUUGAUUAUCGAAAUACGGGUAUUAUACAAACAAAUACAUCGUGGCCGGAUGGUUUACAUCAAUUUUUACAGGUUAAACACAAAUUAAGAAUCAGUGCUGAAAGUUUAACAACAAAUUUCCUAUCCAAUGUUGGUUACUUCAGUCGUUAUAAUAAAAAUUUAUUUGGUCUCACAGGAACGCUCGGCUCAAAAGAUGCUCAAGAAUUAAUUCGAUAUAUCUAUAAUGUUGAUUUUGUUAUUAUACCAUCAUACAAAUAUACACAAUUUAAAGCAUUUCCGGAUAAAUUAACUCGAUCUGAACAAGAAUGGUUGAAUGAAUGUACAAAAUCAAUCUAUCAUGAAGCUAAAAUAAAUCAACGUGCUGUUUUGGUGAUUUGUGAAACGAAAUCAGACACAACAAAAAUCUAUGAAAAAUUAAUUGAAAAAGACAGAGAAAUAAAAAAACAAAUCAAAUUAUAUACACGCAGUGAUAAUGAUGAACAAAAUGCAAUUGAUAAUGAAUUAGAUUGUGGUCAAAUCAUAGUUGCAACGAAUCUUGCUGGUAGAGGUACAGAUAUUGGUACAACGCAUAAAGUGGAAGAAAAUGGUGGUCUUCAUGUAUUAGUUACAUUUUUGCCUUUAAAUACACGUGUUGAACAUCAAGCAUUUGGUCGUACAUCUCGACAAGGUAAACGUGGUACAGCACAAUUGAUCGUACUUGAAUCUUCUGAUAGUAAAAUAAAGAAGAAUAAUAUGGUAGAAUUAAAACAAGAUCGAGAUGAACAAGAAAAACACGCUAUUUCAAUAGCAAAAAACAUUGAAUUGAAACGUAUUGAAAUGCGAGAUCGAUUAUUUAGAAAAUAUUGUGAUUUACGACAAGAAUUACGUGAACAAGAAAAUGAUACAUAUAAACUAGAUUGUAUCGAAGAAAUGUGGGGAUUUUGGUUGAAAACGACAUUUUCAAAUGAAGAUGAAUCUGAUAAUAAUAAUCCAAAUGAUGCAUUAUUGAAAGGAAAAUUUGAAGAAUUUCGUUCAAAAGUUAUUUCAAAUUAUUGUUCCAAUGCUAUUUUUGAAAAUCCAUUCUAUUUAAUAUUAAAAGCAAAUGAAUAUAUAUUUGAAAAGAAAAAUUAUGAUCAAGCAAUUGAUUUUCUUCAGAUAGCUAUCGAAUCCGAUCCAAUAUUUACUAUCAAUGCACGUUAUAAUCUAGCAUAUGCAUUAAUUAAACAAAAGAAUGAGAAUAAAACAAAAGCAAAAGAUGAAUUAGAACAUGCUUUAAAGAUUAUUGACGAAAUUUUAAUACCACAACAAGAGAUCAUGUUGAUUUCGUUUCGAAUUUGUGAUGGUGAUAAUAAUGAUAUUGCGAAUACAAAUCAAACAACCAAUGACAAUACAAAUACGAAAAGUGAUAUUGAAGAACAAACAAUGAAUCGAAUGAAUAUUUUAUGUUUAUUUAAAAGUCAAAUUGAACAAGCAAAAUCAAUUAUUGAAGAUGCAGAAAGCAAGGAUCUUGAUGUUCGUGUCGACUAUAAAAAAUUGGACGAUUUUUUUAGUGAUACGAAUAAGCCGACAUUGGAUAUAAAAGAUUUUAAAGAAGGCGGUUUGUUAGGAUUUUUUCAACUAACUCAAAAAGAACCAACACCAUGGCUAAGUAUCAUUGCCGUUGGUUUACUGGGUAUCGCACAAGCGGUUGCUGGUGCAGCUUUGAUUGCAUUUACUGGUGGUGCUGCAGCAACAAUUGGUGCAAUGCUAUUAAGUGAAGGCAUUGGUGAUAUGAUAACUGCAAUUAAAAGUGCUAUUACUGGUGAAUUUAAUUGGACAGACUAUGCAAUACAAAAAGCAAUAAGUGUUGCCAUUACUAUUGCUACAUGUGGUAUGGGAGCAUUGAAAGAAACAGGUAAAGCAAUCCAAUCUGGUGUUACAGCUGGUGCGGCUGUAGUAACAGGCAAAACGGCUAGUGUCGUCGGUACACAAGUAGUUGGACAAUUUACAAAGGAAGGUUGGAAACUUGUUGGUAAACAAAUUGGUAUGGCAUUUGUAAAGGCGGGCGCUAAAGAACUGAUUAAAACCGUAUUAGAUAAAACAAUUUUAACUCAAUUAAGCGAAAAAAUCAAUCAGGAAAUAUCUGAAUAUAUUGAAGGACGAGUAAACAAUGAAAUUAAUGAUAAUCAAUUAAUAACAUCUUUAAUUACUGUCGAUGUUAGUUUAAAACAAACAACCUACCAAAAUGAAAUUGAACUAUUAACUAGCAAAAUAUUAAAUCCUCAAAGUAACCGAUUCGUUAAUGCAGCUAUUGCAAUUGCCAAAGGUAUUUUAGCUCAAUUAACACAAGGUGUUAGUGCAACUGUAUUGAAGAUUUUCACAGCAGGAAAAUGUCUUACAGAAUUGGCAACAUUUUUAGACGACUUUCUUAAAGAAUUUCGACGUGAUUUAAAUAAAUUACAGGACAAAUUGAAAAUUGAUCAUUUACUUCAUACAACAAAUCCGAAUAAUAUCGAUGUUAAAACAGCGAAAGAAAUGAAAGAACAUUUGAAACGACAAAACUAUAUUGAACGUGAUGAUAUUAAAAUAAUUAAACAACUGGAUCAAUCCGUAUUUGUAUUAGAAAAGCAUAAACAACAUGAAAAUCAUGUUGUUCAAGUUUGUAACAAUAUUUAUACUGAAAC